AUGAAUGGAAGUUACCAGCCUUCUCCUCCAAAUAUUGAUUACCUGGAGAUGGAGCCAUUGAUCUUCAGGAUAUUGGCACUCAUCAUUGCUGCGGGUGGACUAUUUGCUAAUGGAACUGUGAUUUGGCUUCUGGCCUUCUGCCUGAAAAGAAACUCCUUCUCAGUCUACAUUCUCAACCUGGCCGUGGCUGAUUUCAUCUUCCUCUUCCUUGAGAUGAUAUUCAACCUGAUAUACUUCAUUUCCAUCCCACAAGACUAUAUUUGGUUUUUCUUCAUUGGACUUUUAUGUAACUUGCUGUAUGUAGUAGACCUGAGCAUUCUCAGCUGCAUCAGCACUGAACGCUGCCUGUCUGUCCUGUUCCCCAUCUGGUACCGAUGCCGACGCCCAAGACACACUUCAGCUGUCACGUGUGCUCUGCUCUGGACUUGGUCCCUGCUGCUGAUCAUUCUGAAAAAUACGGCACUUUCUGUUAGCUUUCCUUAUAUGGAAUUUUUUAUUUUCUUUGCCACAUGGCUGUCUUUCUUAUUUGUGACACUGCGGAGGCUGAGGGUGCAGAGGCUGACUCUCAAGAUGGUUCUCCAGAGGGCGCUACAGGACACUCCUGAUGGGGAGGAACCUGGUGGAAGUCUCCCUCAGGAGUCUGUGCAGAGGCCAGGGACUAGUGAGGUGUAG